AAUCAUCCCAACUUCAUUAUAAUAUACACUUCAUUUUUCACAAACUAAGCUUCCUCCUAUAUAUACAUCACCCCUCAAAACCAAACCACACCUAUUCCCAACUUUCUCUCUAUUUUUCAUCCCUACUUCUUCAUGCUAUAGCACUCAAUAAACCCUUAUCAACACACAAAUAAAAGUUAGUUAGUUAGUUAAAAUGGAUGGAGCCACUUCCACAGACGAAACCACCACAACCGCCGAUUCUCUCUCGCUUCCGCAGCCGCCCAACACGCUAAGCCGCCUCGCCCCCGACGCCGGAUCCGCCGAAGCGGAAUCCCGGAAACUGCCGUCGUCCAAAUACAAAGGCGUGGUGCCGCAACCGAACGGUCGCUGGGGCGCUCAGAUUUACGAGAAGCACCAGCGCGUGUGGCUCGGCACCUUCAACGAGGAAGACGAAGCCGCCAGAGCCUACGACGUCGCCGCGCAGCGCUUCCGCGGCCGCGACGCCGUCACGAACUUCAAGCCUCUCGCCGCCGACGACGCCGAGACCGACUUCCUCAACUCGCAUUCCAAGGCCGAGAUCGUCGACAUGCUCCGCAAGCACACCUACCACGACGAGCUCCACCAGAGCAGGCGCGGCACCAGCGCCGCCUGGAGGCGCCGCCGCGACGGCGAGAUGGCCUCGAGCGGCGCGUGCGAGGCCAAGGCGCGUGAGCAGCUGUUCGAGAAAACCGUCACGCCGAGCGACGUCGGGAAGCUGAACCGGCUGGUGAUACCGAAGCAGCACGCGGAGAAGCACUUUCCGUUGGGCGGCUCCGGCGACGGAGUGUUGGCGUGCACGGCGGCGGCGAAGGGAGUGCUUUUGAACUUCGAGGACGUUGGAGGAAAAGUGUGGCGGUUUCGUUACUCUUAUUGGAACAGUAGCCAGAGCUACGUGCUUACUAAAGGAUGGAGCCGGUUCGUCAAGGAGAAGAAUCUCAGAGCCGGUGAUGCGGUUCGGUUUUUUAAAUCCACCGGUCCGGACCGCCAGCUUUAUAUAGAUUGCAAGGCCCGGACUGGAGACACUAAUGCCAGCGCUUUGUUUAUUCCGGUUGGACCGGUGGUUGAGCCCGUUCAGAUGGUUCGGCUUUUCGGAGUCAACCUUUUGACACUCCCCGUUUCGGAAGGUGUUAAUGGUUAUGGGAAGCGGAAAGAGAUGGAAUUGUUUGCAUUAGAAUGUAGCAAGAAGUUAAAAGUAAUUGGAGCUUUGUAACACUGCUUAGUUUUUUAGUUUCUUUUGUAACCGAUGAAAUCUUGAGGUUCAGCAAGACGGUGGCCAUGGUGUUGUUGCAACUUGCCACUAACAAAAGGUGUAUAUUCUUAGACAAAAAGAAAAAGGAUAAAUUAAUUAGGGCAACAAAAUUUGUAUAACUAAGUUUUUUUUCUUCCAUAUGAAGUAGGUUUUUUAUUUUUAGACACAAGGACAUUAACUGUGAACACCUAUAUUUACUGCAAAUAUUUGAAUUCAAAUGCUCCCCCUUACGAAAAAUUAAUUCCUUCUACGAGGUUUAUUUUCAAGUUUGUUAAUUUUGUUACUUGUUCAUGUAUAACAAACAUGUCGGUAUUUCCAA